CACUGACAGUUGUUUAGUUGACAGCAACAUGAAAACAUGUUGUACGGUUAGUGCGUAAAGAUGAAUUAUUAAACGAAUAAAACAAAUUGUAAUAUUUAACGAUUUAUACAAAUAUAACAUUAAAGAAUAAACAAAAAUAAGUUAAUAGUAUAGAAAAUAAUAAAUUUACUUUAUAAAAUCAAUACAAAUUAAAGCAAAACUCUAAGUUUCAAAUAAUUUAACAAAAGUUUUAUGUAUUAAAGUGUGUCUGUGCAAUUUCCUUAAAAAGUGUGUAAAAAUAUAAAGUUUGCCCCCCUUCUUUAUGAAGCAAAGUGUAGAAAAAAGUCCAGUAGUUAAUAACUAAAGAAAAAAUAACAUGAUAAAAAUGUAACAACAGCCAGAGAAAGUAAAAUAUAACAACAAAUAAUAAUAACAAGAAAAAAAUAUAUUAAAAUAAAGUGCAGUGUAAAAAGUAAAUAUAAAUACAAAAAGAAAUUGUUUAUAAAUAAAAAGUUUGUAAAGCAGCGUAACAAAAUUAAAAGAAUAAACAAUUCUACAAAGAACACCAACAACAAUCUCUUCAAGGUCCUUAUUAAAGUUAAAUGUUCUAUUUGCUGCCACGACAAGAAAAAUAAAAAGACCAAAAAAAAAGGCACAGAUAUUGGGUGUGAGUUUGCUGUUAACUUGUUUGGGUAUUUUAGAUAUGCUGGAGAGACGAGCCGAACAGUAAAGUGAUUGCUUACCAUUUUGUGCGUAUGGCACAAAGUAUUACAGGGGGAAAAGGAAAGACAAAUGGUGGCAAAUUAAAAACAGUAUGUAAUCGGGAGAAAAAAAUGACUAUUUUAGCAAUUUCGCCAUGAUAGCAAGGAAAAUAGACUAUAUAAAGCGCUAAUUGUAUUAUAAUAAAGUGAAUAGAAAGAAGAAAAGACAAAAGGAAAAAAAAGUUAAACGAAAAAAUGAGGAAAACAAUGUAUAUUUAAAUUGAAAUCUAACAUUACAAUAAAUGAGAAAAAUCUAUUGUCAUGAAAAGUGUUCAGCACAGCACUUGUGGAAUCAUUAAACUAAGCCUAUCAACAGAUUAAGCCAACAUAGUCCUAUGCUUGCGUGUUGACUGAGAUAUAAUGAGGAAAAAGGGAAUUGAUAAAAAGGUGGAAUUACAUGAAACUAAAAUCAUUUAAAAAUCCCUAUCUAUAAGAGCACAAAAAUAGACAGACAAGUAUUGUCACCCAAAUUAAUGGACAGCAACAAAAAAUAGGGUUAUACUAUUAUUAAGAGUUACUAAGAGAUUUAAUUUUAAAAUCACAACCCAAAACUAAAUGCUAAAAUUCAUUACAAAUAGCUAAACUCUAGUAAAGCCUUACUAUGUCGAAAAGUAGUAGCAACAGCGCCAUUAUUAAAAUAAACUCCUAACUAUUUGCUAAAACAAAGCAAACAAAAAGAAAACAAUCGGAUUAAUUCAUUCCAUAUACACUUACUCUAUAUGUAAAUAAUCGAACAUAUUGUUGCCCCUAAAGAUUAAAACAGCAUUUUCUCGUAUUCCAAAACCAAGAAAAAGGCAUAACAAUAACAACAACACGCCCAUACUUGUUAACACGGAAAAACGCUCGAAACAUCCGGGAUUAACUGCAACAAUCAAAUAAAAAACAGCAAAGUGUAUAGAAAAAACCUAAAAUCUUUAUUCCCUUAAAAAAAACACACCCUCAACACAACAACAAAGUAAUCCGCCACAACAGCAGCAAAAUAAAAUAAAACUCUAGUCCAAAAUACAAAUAUCAUCCCCCAAAUUCUCUUUCUACGCCUGCAAAUAAUUUAAUUCCAUCACCCAUUUUUUUAUGUCUUAUUUAAUGAAGUUAUCUUUACGCUUUUCAUCUUUAAACUUUUUAAAACGUUCGCAUUUAAUUGACAACUUCAUUACAACUACAGCUACUACUACUACUACGGCUAUAACUAUAAUUAUUGUUGCUGUUGUUCCACGUUAUGGAUCAUGCCUUUGGUGAAGGAAAAAUUAGAGACCAAAGAAAUCAUCAAGGAUAUGCGCAAAAACGUUUCGGUACAAGUUGAUAGUGAUUUUGCUUUACUUCUGCCCAGCGGUGUUUAUGAAAUCAAAAAAAUGGAACCACGUUCAAAAAUACGAACCAUUAUCGUAUUUUGUUUAUUUUUAGCUAUAGCGGGUAUUAUUGGUUUCGGUUACUUCUGUCAAGAUCAGGUAUGUUCUUCCCAUCAUGAGAUAUUUUUUCUGGCUAAGGUAUUUAAUUUUCUCAGUAUAAUUAUAAGUAUAUUAAUUUACAAAGAAAAUUUUGUACUUUAAUCAAUUAUAUGUGUAACACGAUUUUGACGUUCAACUUCUACGAAAAAG